CGCAGGACCUCAUCGCUUGUUUUGUUUGUCAUAUGUUUCUAUCUAAUUAAUGCCUGCGUUAAAGAAAUCUACGGAACAACAUACACCAUCGACUAGUAUUUUAAAGCGAUUGUUGUAGAGGCUUGAUUGCACCCCUCUACUCGCAGCUACCCGUCGUUGAAGAGCUGUCUGGGCAUACAGCGUGUUCUGGACCUGUGAAGUGAGAAUGGACCCGCGGAAAGUGCAUGAGUUGAAGGCCUUCGUGAAGUUGUGCGACGAAAAUCCCUCCAUAUUGCACCUUCCCGAGCUCGGCUUCCUCCGGGCCUGGUUGCAAGGAAUGGGAGCUACAAUUCCACAAGCCCCCCAAAAUGACUCCUCAUGCAAGGGUGGGUGUCCAUGUGCUGGCACUCCUCCCCCUGCCUCUGCUCCUGAGCCCCAUGCCCCCUCUGAGAGUGAGGAGAGUGAACUAGAGAUCGACCAAGAUGGGGUGAUUGAGCCAGACACAGACGAACCUCAGGAGAUGGGAGACUUUGAAAAUCUGGAGGUGACAGAGGAAAUGAUGGACCAGGCCAACGAGAAGAAGAUGGAAGCUAUCGAAGCGUUAGGAGAAGGUGACUUGCAGAAAGCCCUGGACCUCUUUACUGAAGCCAUCAAACUCAAUCCACGGGUAGCUAUCAUGUAUGCCAAGAGGGCUAGCGUCUACAUCCGGAUGCAGAAACCCAAUGCAGCUAAGCGGGACUGCGACAGAGCCAUUGACAUCAACCCAGAUUCUGCACAGCCCUACAAGUGGAGGGGGAAAGCUCACAAGUUGCUAGGGCACUGGGAGGAGGCAGCUAAGGACCUGGCCACUGCCUGCAAACUGGACUACGAUGAGGACGCCAGCGCUAUGCUGAAAGAGGUUCAGCCCAAGGCUAACAAAAUCAUUGAGCACCGGCGCAAGUAUGAGCGCAAGAGGGAAGAGCGAGAGAUCAAGGACAGGAAGGAGAGGGUAAAGAAAGCGAGGGAAGAGCAUGAGAAAGCUCAGAGGGUGAGUGUUUGGUGCAAGAACAGAGAGGAGAAUAAGAAUUUCAAAACAGUCUCUCAAUGUAAAAAUGUUUUAAACUCUGCACAGGAGGAGGAGGCUAGACAAGCAGCAGGAGGAGGUGGCUUCCCAGGUUUCCCAGGUGCUGGCGGUUUCCCAGGGGGGGCUGGCGGUUUCCCAGGGGGGGCUGGCGGUUUCCCAGGGGGGGCUGGCGGUUUCCCAGGGGGGGCUGGCGGUUUCCCAGGGGGGGCUGGAGGCUCUCCUUUCGGCAUGCCUGGUCUGGGAGAGCUCUUUAACGACCCAGAGGUGCUCAACGCCAUGAAGGACCCUGAGGUGAUGGCAGCUUUCCAGGAUGUGGCUCAGAACCCAGCUAACAUCGCCAAGUACCAGGGUAACCCCAAGGUCAUGGCCCUCAUCACCAAGCUGAGCGCCAAGUUCGGGAGCCCUUCGCCCUAGAGGAGAGGAGGUGAAGAAAAGAGGGGUGAUUUAAAAAGAGGGGAGCGGGAAGAAGAACGAGUGGCGGGAGAGUAACAAAUGGAUGUCGUCAGGUGUUGGGAGAGCUAAAAAGCUUAUUUGAGAUUAUUCCACUGUGUAUGGAUCAAAUGGGUAAUGUUGAUUGGCAUAUGGGUAAAGAGGAGACUAGAGGCAUGCAGCAAGUUUUACACUAGACAAGGGUUUGUGGAGGGGGGGGGGGGUCAACAGCAACUCUUAUACUGUAUGUUCUUAAAUGGAGCCCACCUAUUUGGGGCUGUUAGCUCUUAGUGGUUACUCAAGCAAACUCAUGGAUACUGAUGGGAACACUACUGGUUAAUGAUGGGGAAUCAAAACAGCCUGUCAGAGCCUUCUCAUUCAGAAUUCCCAUCGACUCCUCUUCCCACCCAUCCCUUGUUGUUUUUUACCUGAAUCUGGAAUAGUCAAACAGGACUCACACAUUAGACACCAGCUCAGAGGAACAGUUUAGAGACAUUAUUAUAUGGAGUUGUCAUCUUCUGUGUUUUCUACUGAGCCAACCAAAUCAAUGGCUAUUUGUUUUCUAUCAGGAGUGGAUGUGGUAAAGCUAUUUCCCUCAGGUUUUCUGUUUUACUCACUUUUACUGUAACUCUGUGACUCUCCUUCCAAAUGCAAAAAAACAAAUAAUAUUACUAUUUUGUUUGAUUUUGAAACCGCAAUGGAAAUAUCAAUUCGAAUCAAUAAAUAUUUGGUUGUUGCAAAUUA